GGGGGCGCGGGCCGAGGCUACAGCGGCGGCGAGCGCGUCGGCCCCACGGUCGCGAUUCCCGUGUCGCUGAGGCCCCGGGGGCCGCCCGCGCCGCCGGCCGCCAUGCCGCUGGGCCUGAAGCCCACGUGCAGCGUGUGCCGGACCACGUCGUCGUCCAUGUGGAAGAAGGGCGCGCAGGGCGAGAUCCUCUGCAACCACUGCACGGGUCGCGGCGGGGCCGCCGGGGGCGCGGGCGCGGGCACGGCGGGCGGGGCCGGGGGCAUAGCGGGCGGCGGGGGCGCGCCCGGCGCGGGGGCGGGCACGGCGGGCGGCGGAGGCGCGCCCGGCGGCGGCCACGGCGGGCCGGGAUCGGGCUUCGCCGGCACCUCGGCAGCGGCCUCGCAGCAGAGCAAUGGCGGCGGCGGGAGCGGCAAGCAGAGCAAGCAGGAGAUUCACCGGCGCUCGGCGCGCCUCCGCAACACCAAGUACAAGUCGGCCCCGGCGGCCGAGAAGAAGGUGUCCACCAAGGGCAAGGGCCGCAGGCACAUCUUCAAGCUGAAGAACCCCAUCAAAGCUCCUGAAGCAGUUUCCACCAUCAUUACUGCAGAAUCAAUAUUUCACAAGGGAGUGUAUUAUCAAAUUGGAGAUGUUGUUUCUGUAGUUGAUGAACAAGAUGGAAAAACAUACUAUGCUCAGAUAAGGGGCUUUAUCCAGGACCAGUACUGCGAGAAGAGCGCGGCACUAACAUGGCUCAUCCCCACAAUGGCCAGUCCCAAAGAUCAGUUUGAUCCAGCAUCUUAUAUUAUAGGACCAGAAGAAGAUCUCCCAAGGAAGAUGGAAUAUUUGGAAUUUGUUUGUCAUGCACCUUCAGAAUAUUUCAAGUCUCGAUCCUCCCCAUUCCCCACUGUUCCCACUAGACCAGAGAAAGGGUACAUAUGGACUCAUGUUGGGCCUACUCCUGCAAUAACCAUUAAGGAAACAGUUGCCAACAACUUGUAGUCUGGGAUGGCUUUUUAAGACUCCGUUUUCCUCUGUCCACUAUGCACACCAUUACAGGAUGUCCUGCGGCGUACUUACAUUGAUGGCUAGUUGAAGAAAUAACUUUUUAAAAAACCUUUCAUUAUUACCAAAUGGGCAGAUAGUAUCUUCUUGGACAUAGUUAGCUUUUUCUUCGCUCAUUUUUAAUCAGCCUUUUUUUUAGAAUUAUUCUGAAGAAGUACCUAUAUAGGCUAGGGUAGGAUAGGAUGGGUGUCUCUUGUGCUGAGCUAGGUUCUCCUGCAGUAGAGGAAGCUUCUGAUGGAGGUGGCCCCUGCUUCUCACAGGAUAGAUUCCUGUCAUCAGUGUGAUGAUGCAGGUGCUAGCUUCCCAUCCCAAAGUAUUACUUAGUUAAUUCUCAGUCCUUAGACCCCAGUCAUAGUCUUAAUUUGACCAGUAUGUCAUAAAAACAAAUAGAAAACUAUAAACAUUUUGUAAGACUCACUUGGAAAUCUGACCGUGACAUACAUUGAAUAUGUAUUACUGAAUUGUAAUUAUGACCUUUAACUAAUAUGGUAGCUAGAAAGACGUUGGGGGAGUAGUCUUGACACACCAGAUAUCUUUAUGAAAGCUUUCCAACAAAGUUUGAGCCGAUGCCUUUCUUUGCUUAUUCCAGGCAACCCUGGAUAGUCCUUAAAGUGCCACAGGAGUGGUUAAGUUGGCUAGUUGUUCAUGGUAGUUUCUCUUACUGAGAAACAUUUUUAAAGGGUGACCACAUUCCCUACCUCUUCAGUUUGUUCAAAACUGCUGCUCGUUACCAGAUCAGACUAAAGGCUAUCAGUGUACCGCAUGACCAAAUCAUAAUCCUUUUAAAAAAAAAAAAGGAUCUUAGAAACAUUUCUCGUGAAUGUGUAGAGUGGAGUGAGCUCAGCCCCAGGAUGUGAAGCAGUCAGAGGUGGGGGCCUGCGUUUGCCUGCCUACAACGGCCUUUCCUUUGGCUCUGAUUGAAUCCACCUACUUGUUAGGCAAAAACUGUGAGUGACAUUUCAUCCCCCUGGUUUUAAAAUAUAAAAGUUUUAACAUCAUCUCUUAUCCCUUUCCUGUACACACUUUGUUUUGUGUCUGGUACAACUGACUGUAAUUGUCUUAAAAUUCAUUGUAUUUUAGCACUCUAUUUAUGUCUUCUACAUAGUUGUGAGUCAUUGUAAAUACCAUUGUAAAUAAUUCAGAUAUACCAAUGCCUAAAACUUUUGGAUUAAAAUAUAUUUUUCAAAGCUA